AUGGCAGCAGAGCCGCCUCUUAGCAAAGCCACCGGCUAUGGCAUUGUCAUUGGCUUGGGCUUUCUCUUUGCCUUCGGGAUGAUGCUCACCACUUUUGUGUUGAAGCGUUAUAACAAUGAGCUCCAGACCUCGGAAGCCUUCAGCACGGCCGGUCGAACAGUCAAAUCUGGUCUUGUAUCCUCAGCAGUCGUAUCUUCAUGGACUUGGGCAGCGACCCUCCUACAAUCAUCAGCGGUAGCCUACAACUACGGAGUCUCAGGCCCCUUCUGGUAUGCAUCUGGAGCGACUGUACAAGUCAUCUUGUUCGCCACCCUGGCCAUCGAACUCAAAAGGAAAGCACCAAAUGCACACACAUUCCUGGAGGUCAUCCGCGCCCGGUACGGCGCUGUCACGCAUGGCGUUUACAUCGUCUUCGGCUUGAUGACGAACAUCCUGGUGACUGCUAUGCUCCUGACAGGUGGAAGCGCAGUUGUAACGUCGCUUUGCGGUGUACCGACAGCUGCUGCUUGCUUCCUUCUACCGAUUGGCGUUGUGCUUUAUACCAUGUUUGGUGGCAUCAAGGCGACCUUCUUGACCGAUUACGUCCAUACUGUUGUGAUCCUGGUUAUUAUCUUCCUGUUUGCCUUUACGGCAUACGCGACCAACGAGAUUCUAGGCAGCCCAGGGGCGGUAUAUGACGCUCUGGUGGCAGCUGCGGAGCGACAUCCAGUCGAAGGGAAUGCUGGUGGUAGCUAUCUUACCAUGAGGUCCCACGAGGGUGCGAUCUUCUUCGUGAUCAAUAUCGUGGGUAAUUUCGGUACUGUCUUCAUGGACAACGGCUACUACAACAAGGCGAUUGCUGCUUCGCCGGUUCACGCACUACCAGGCUACAUCGCCGGCGGUCUUUCGUGGUUCGCUAUUCCCUGGCUGUGCGCCACCACAAUGGGUUUAUCCGCACUGGCACUUGAGAACAACCCAGUGUUCCCAACAUAUCCGAACCGAAUGGAUCCCGCUGAUGUCAGCGCUGGACUGGUGCUUCCAGAUGCCGCUGUCGCCCUGCUGGGCAAAGGCGGCGCAGUGGCUACGCUACUGCUAAUCUUCAUGGCCGUAACCAGUGCUAUGUCCGCAGAGCUCAUCGCAGUCUCAUCCAUCUGGACCUACGAUAUCUACAAGACUUACAUCAAUCCUAAUGCAAGUGGCCGGAGACUCAUCUACAUAAGCCACACCAGCUGUGUUGUCUACGCCAUCAUCAUGGCUGGAUUCUCGACAGGUCUUCAUUACGCCGGCAUUAGUAUGGGUUAUCUCUACCUCCUGAUGGGAGUCAUCAUCAGCGGCGCAGUGUUACCUGCCUCGCUGUCACUCCUCUGGUCCAAUCAGUCCUGGACAGCUGCGACGUUCUCCCCGUGCCUCGCGCUUGCGUGCUCCCUGACCGGGUGGCUGGUGCAGACUAAAGCUCAAUACGGCGAACUCAGUGUCGACACCACCGGAUCGAACAACCCAAUGCUUGUCGGCAACGUGGUCUCGCUGCUCUCACCAAUGAUCUUCAUUCCGAUCCUAUCGUUCGUCUUCCGCUCGCCCAAGUACGACUGGGUUUCCAUGAAGAUGAUUCGCAAAGGCGACGACUCCGACCUGGCUGCCGCCGCCGAUAUGGACAUCGAGCAAGUCCCUGGCGAGUCAUAUUCUGAUCAGCAGGAAGCCGCUGAGCAACUGAAGCUGCAACGUGCGGCCAAGAUAGCUCGGUACCUGACUCUCUACCUUGCCGUCUCGUUCUUGGUGCUGUGGCCAAUGCCGAUGUAUGGCUCUGGGUAUAUCUUUAGCAAGAAGUUCUUUACGGGCUGGGUCUCGGUCGGGAUAUUGUGGCUGUUUUGCUCGUCCUUCUGUGUUGGCUUGUAUCCGCUCUGGGAAGGUCGGGGCACUAGCUUGAGGACUACGAAGGCGAUCUAUAGGGAUGUUACUGGUCAGGGCAAGCCCAUUGUGCAUCACGGCCAGCCGAGCAUGAGCAGAGAGGAGUCGGAUUCUGAGGAGAAGCACCGGAAGAAGACAGCCACCCCACCUGAGGUUGAGGUUGGCAAAGAUUGA